UUUCUAUCAACUUUGCGUGUGGGUCAGUACUGACGGAACUGUUCAGUGGCCAGUUCUGAUGACGGAAUGAGUGUGCGCAGUGUGUACAGCGCCAAUACCAAGCAGCGCAAUGUGGAGGCUGGUAGCAGAGAGAGCAGGAGGGGACACAUAUUAUAUUCUUACUGGCACUGACUAUGUUGUGGGGCGCAAGAACUGUGCCAUCUUAAUUCCAGAUGAUCAGUCCAUUAGUAGGUGCCAUGCUACAUUGUCUGUCAGUUACCCAAGUGCCAGCCUGAGCCAAACAAAUGCAGUUUCAGUCCUAACAAUUAAAGACUCCUCAAAGUAUGGCACAACCGUCAGUGGAGAAAGGAUGCAACCGGCUGUUCCAAGGAGUUUGAAACCAAGCGAUGAGGUCAUAUUUGGUUGUUUUCAUAGCAAAUAUAGGGUGGAAUAUGAGCCUUUAGUGGUCUGCUCUUCCUGCUUAGAUAACACAGAGAAGAAUUCUUUAAAACAAAACCUCAUACAUUUAGGCGGCCACAUGUUAAAUAACUGGACAGAGAAGUGCACUCACCUUGUUAUGACUUCCAUUAAAGUUACUAUCAAGACUAUAUGUGCACUCAUUUGCUGCAAACCAAUCAUAAAACCAGAUUACUUCCGCGAGCUGAUCAAUGCCAUUCAGCAGAAAAGGCCAUUGCCUGAGUAUAGAAGUUUCAUCCCUCCUAUAGAUGAGCCGUCACUUAACCCAGAAUCACUGGAUCUUUCUGAAAAUGUGAAACGAAAAUCUAUAUUCAAGGAUAAAGUCUUCCUUUUUCUAAAUACUAAACAGUAUAUGAAGCUGAGCCCUGCGGUUUUGUUAGGUGGGGGAAAGGCACAUCUGCUGGAGUCACUGACAGACACAUCAGUAUUGGAAAAUUCUACAACAUGUGUAAUCGACGUGGCUAUGACAGAGACUCAGCUCUCUGAAACCCAGUCUACACAGCCCUGGAUCAGUUGUACACUGGACUUAUUGCACAGUAAGGGCCUGAGAGCAAUUCCAGAAGCAGAAAUUGGUUUGGCUGUUAUCAAUGUGUCAACAGAAAUAUAUUGCAAUCCUCGAAGACUGGCGGCAAGUGGAAAUGAGGCCGGAAAUAAUGACUUCAGUUUUCCAAAAGCCACAGUCAAAGAAACAUCGAAGAGAACACAAGUCCUGAGUUCUACCCUUUCCCAAGGCAUGACUGUUGAUGAGACUGUAUUACCUGCUCCAGCGCUUAACAUGACUGCUUAUGUUGCUGAUACAGAACCACAAGACCAGACAGACACAGGGAUGAACAUCAGCGGUGUGCGUGAAGUAAAAGAAACCCCAGGAAGCAGUAGCAGUCACAGUAGAUCGAGAAGUUGCAUAGAGAAGGAACCAAAAAGUGGCAGCAGCAAUGAUCUCAGGCAGGCUCUAUUCCAAGGGGAUAAAACUGAGACCAGGAAUAAAAAUAAUCACCCACUCUUACCCAUAAAACCUUCUGCUCGAGAUGUGGGGAAGACUUCUCAAAAGCUGCAGCCAACUAAAAAAAUCGACAGUUACUUUCAGUCCUUAGCCAAGAAAAGGGACAGGGAUGAAGAUGAAAAGGAAGUAUCUUCAGCAAAGUUGGCCAGGGUGGAACCAGUUUCAUCCCAAAAUACAGAGGAACAAUUCCGACCCAUUACAGAAGCACUUGAUAAAGAGGAAGAUAAUUUUGACUCCGAUCUAGAUAUGGAGCUAGCUAUGUCAUGCGAUCAGAUACUAAUGGGGAGCAACAAAGUGAUUCCAGAAGAUCCAACAAUGAAAAAAAGAAAGGUGCCGGAUGAUCAUGUAGUGGAAGAGUCUGAUAUAGAUAGCGAUGAAGGCAUCAGUGCCAAUGCAGAACAGAAUGAUACUGAAAGUAAUCUAAACAAAACAAAAAAAAGAAAACUAGAUUCUAAAAUAGAAGGUGUCAAAGAGCUCACUAUAAAGCCCCAUGAGAUUGGAACAAAGGCACAAGCAAAGACAAAUACUCCAGAGAUGGAGCCAUCAGUAAAGAAAGAGAUUGAGGUCAAGACAGAAUUUGAGGUCAAGAAAGAACCUGAAUCUCCACAGAAAGAAACUAAGUGUGUUCCUGACCUUGCUGGGGAGAGUGAUGCACUGCCCAGCAGACUCCUACUUACUGAGUUUAAGUCAUUGGUUGUCACUCGGCCAGUCAGGAACAAUAACACCACAAGCAAUAGCAGCAAUGAAAACUGUCAGAAUUUUAAGAAAUUUAAAAAGGUAGCAUACCCAGGAGCUGGAAGCUUUCCUCAUAUUAUUGGAGGGUCAGAUUUAAUUGCGCAUGAUAGAAAGAGAAAUGCAGAGCUGGAACAGUGGCUGCGCCAGGAAGUGGAGGAACAAACACAACAAGCCAAAGAAGAGUCACUUGCUGAGGAUUUGUUCAGGUACAAUCCCAAAUCCAACAAAAGAAGACGCUAAAAAAAAAAAAAAAAAAAUUUGUACAAUUGUGAUUGUAUUCUGUAAAUAAAAAAUAAAGUAUUUU